AAAGUAUCAUUAUUUCAGGGAAUUAGUAUUUUUAUUUUUUUGUAAAUGUUCAUUGCAAGUGCAGAUAACUGAGUCAGUGCAAAACAAAAACAAACCCUCAGAGUUUUAUACAUAUUAUGAGCGAGCACAGUAGCGGAGAAAUGGAUGGCGAUAAUGUUGAUACCGUUGUUGAAGAAGAAGAUAUUUCGAAACUCCUUAAUCAUUUUAUGAAAACUAGUCACAGAGUCAAAACUGCAGACAUCAAAGGUGAAACUAUAAUGGAAAGAUGCAUCCUACUUUUCUCUAAGGAUUAUAAAUUUACAAUUGUGCCCAACUUGAAUGGAGAACUGUGUGGACACUAUCCCAUGAAGCUGAUUAUAGUGGAAUUUGAAAGAGAUGCUCAGUCAAGUAGUGAAAAUGUGGAAAGCCACUAUGAUGUUCAGAGUAUUAUGCAGAGGAUGAAAAAUGCCAGGUGUGCACGUUGUCGAUCUCGGAUUGUUGUUCCUGUAAUAUUUUACCAAGGCAAACACAUCUGUAGAUCUGCAACAUUGUCUGGAGCUGCUGAAAUGAUUGGGAGAUCUACUACAGACUAUUUCUUGUCAAGUCAAAAUUCUGGGCCACAAGACCUUAGUAUCAAUUUUAAUGAAUUACUUAGCACCACUGAUAUGUUUGACAAGAUCCGUGGACAAGAUAUUCUGCUCUUGAAGCACUUUGAUGUGGCCUAUAUAUGUGACCUGAUGGUGGAAAAAAAGAAAAUCAAAUUUGGAAUGGCAGUGUCAUCUUCUGAGAAAGUGGACAAAGAAAAUAGAUAUUCAGACUUUAGUAUAUUAGGAAUGCCUUAUCCAGGUUGUGAAUUUUUCAAGAACUGGAAGGAUAACUCUUAUAUGGGAGAAAAUAUUUUGUAUGACUGGGGUCAGGCUUUAAAUGAUUCAUCACUGGAGCUACCUAGCUCUCCUCUUGUGGAAGACUUAAACAUUGAUUGGUCUAAAUAUACAGAGUGGAGUUUAGUUGAAUUAACACAGAACUAUUUAAAAUUACUUCUGCAGUACAUUAAGAAAGGGACCCAUGGCUUAUUAGUACAUUGUAUAUCAGGAUGGGACAGAACACCACUGUUCAUUUCACUACUAAGGUUGUCCUUGUGGGCUGAUGGAGCUAUACAUAAAUCCCUUUCACCUGUUCAAAUAUUGUAUUUGACUCUAGGAUAUGACUGGUAUCUCUUUGGUCAUGAUCUUCCGGACAGAUUAAACAACGAACAAGAGGUGUUAUAUUUUUGUUUUAAAGUAUUAAAAGAUAUAGCACCUGAAGAGUUCUCUCUUGCACCGAGGCCAUUACCACCACAGGCAUUAGCCUCAUCACCCAGAGAUACUGCCACUGCACCAGUGUCACAUAACCAGCAGCACAGAUUCAGGGUCGACUCAGACAGUAGUUUUCAUGGAGUUUUGUUAGAUGAUCCAUACCUGGUACCAAGUAAAGGCAGCAUAACAAGCCUCAGUAGCCUAGGCAGCAAUGAGGCUCUUGACCACAUUCAUUUUACUUUAGGCCUAACAGAUGAAGAUGUGAAUGGAGUCAGUUUGACUGAGGAUGAGUGGGAGUGGAACAGGACCUCAACUCUCACAAACACUUCCCAGAGAAGGUCAAAGUCACCCAUUGGAGCGACCUCAUCUGCUGCACUUAACUUAUCAAGCUCACCUGUACAUAACUUAUCAAGUUCACCUGUAAAUGUGGGACAGAGACGACUAUCUACUGACAGCCAGCAACAAUUGUCGAUCAAAUCAAACUACUUUGUGGGUAGUCCUCUGCUGCGAGCUUCUAGUCCUAUGUCAGUACCGCAGAGACAAGAGACAAUGAGCUCAUCUAACAGUAUUGGCAGUUGGCAGAUUAUAUCAAGCAGUGACAAUUUAAAAAAUAUGCUUCAGGGUUCUAAAAAUUCUACCAGUAUAUCCAGUACAGAUAGAUCUAGUCACGUCAGUUCCUGUAAUGAAGCAGUCGACAUCAAUGUUUCUACAAUGAGGUGGAAGAGACUGGAUGCUGUUAGUCAACUUUUUAACACUGCUUACAGUUCCACUGUCCACUCACAGAUGGUCAAACAUUCCUCAGGCAAUGGCCUCAGCUCAUUCCUCGACCGCCUUGCUGAGCAAGUGGGCCUGAAAGGUCCAAAACCUAACAGUAGUGACAGUAGCACAAGAACAGGUGUCUAGGUCUAGUGCUAUACAAUUAUGUUGAGCUUUCUCACCCACAGAUAUUUCUUCCAUAUUUCAUUUAAAAUAACUUAAUAUAUUAUAUGCCUUAAAAGUAUGCUUAUGACAUUAAUUUAGUUAUCAUUUAAUGAAACUUAGGUCCUAAGCACCAUUUUUUAUUUGUAUAUAAAAUGUUCGAGUGCAUGUUUUAACUCCCCAAGGAAAUAAAUUUUUUACCAUUUUCUAAAUAUUUUACUAUUUUCUAAAAGUCGAAAAGUUUUAAGUUUGAAUAAUAAAACUGUAUUGAAAUUAAAUAGACAGAACUUGGAACUUUUGUAUAAAUCUCAUGACUAUUGAUAAGAUAAUUUUAUGGGUAUUUAUUAUUAUAUUGAAAGUAAGCUAAUAGGCUAUCUCAGUGAUGCCCAAACUACAGCCCGCUUGGCAUAUCCGGCCCUUGGCGUGGCUUCAUCCGGCCCACCGAACAUCAGAACAAAGUUUAGAAAAUAAAAAGGGUGAAAAAUGUAUUUUCCCUACGUUAGAGAUGAAUCGAUUUCAUUCCAAUCUAAUACAGUCAAAUAAUCAUAUUACUUUUCUGAAGAACACAAGUUGUUUUUUUUCAGCGACAAAAGGUGACAGUUAUUUUUAUUCUUGGACGCUGCUGUCAAGCUGGCCGUGUCCUUGGCAUCUUGGGUGUGUCACAUAGGGCAUCAUUAUUGCAUUCAGUUGGUUUAUGUUCCUUUGGUAUCAAUGCGAUUAGACUCUACUCUUAAUGUAGAAGCUUCAAGAAAAAGUGGACAGAUCUUUGCUUUUUUGAUAAUAAUCCAACAUUGAUUUGAUUUGUACAGAAAAUGUGGCUGCUUUUAAUUUUCUGGCUGCUUAAGAUAACAUAAAAAUACAUUGUAAACCAAACAUUAAAAAAUAUGCAGACAUUGUUGGAUUGAGCCGCAUAAAAAAAGAUUGUUAAUUUACGCCUAGUUGAGUGAUUUCAGCCAUUGACGAAAAUAUUUACCAAAAAGAGUCAAGAAAAUGAGUUGAUGGUAAGGGAAAACUACAGAGCUGCUCGCAUCAGAAAUGAAAUGUCCAAAAAGUGCUUGCUGGCAGUGAUGAAAGAAAUUAAUUCUUAAAAAAAAGCCUUCAGUCUUUCUCACAUGACAAUUGCAAAAUGAGUGGAAGAUAUUGUACAAAUCGCUUUUCAAAAUAAAAUGAGACAAUGCUUGUUCCGACAGAGAAGCAGAUUUCGAAAUGUUUUUUUUUACUGACUCUGAGGAGUGCCCCAACAGAUCUGCAACUGAUUGACUUACAAAGCCAGACACCCCUGCUUGAGAAAUUUCGAGCGAAUCAGACAGUUGUUUUCUACGUUACGUUGCCUACUAGAGCCACAGGUUUGUAAUAAGCUAUUUAAAAUAGUUUAUUUCAUUUUUUUCAUCUUUCCAUUGAUGUGGCCCGCGACACGACUGUCGGAAAUAAAAUGGCCUGCAGAACGUACAAGGUUGGGCAUCACUGGGCUAUCUUGUUUUUAAUAAUUUACGUUGUUGUUUUGAAGAUACUUUAUGGUUUUAUGGUGAAUUUUCAGAUACUAAGUGCCAUUCCAUGUAUUGCUUUUUAUUUGAACCAUUACAUGUCCUUCAAUUUCAUCUGACUAAAACUUAGCCAGGAAAAGAAAAAACAAGUGAUAUCUUUAAUCAAAUGCUCUAUUUAGAUUUUUAUGUAAAGGAUUAAGUUGACAUUGCUUCUUGUUGCAGUCUUAUGGCAGGGCAUGACACUGCUCUCAAUGUUGAUUUCUAAGAAUAAGAUAGUGCAAUGUCAAUAACCUUAAGAACUUUUUUGAAAUUAAUUCCAAAACUAUCAUUUAUGUCUGUGUCAUCUAUUGUUUCUAUGGAGCGUCUUGUUUUGAACCUUACUCUUGUAUUUUAUAUUUUUAUUCACUAAAAAUCAUUUAAAUACAUUUUAGGCUAUCAUUUGUUUUAGUUGCAAUAGUUAUUUGUAUUGCUAGGUGAUUGUGAUGAGUGCUAGUGAAUUAUUUAGCAGGAGGCCCAUGAAUUAGCAUGUUUUAAGCUGAAGCAGCAUCAACCAUAAAGAAGAUUAGCUCUGAAUUGUAUUCAAUUGAAUGGAUCUUAUUAUAGAAAUGAAACAUCUGUGGGCAUUGUGUGGUUCUCUACAGAUUAAAAUCAAAUUUAUUGUUCAAGAAUGGAUAUUAAAAUGUUUUUUGAAUGAAAUAGUUUGUUCACAAAUGUGUCUUCUAGUGCAAUGCAAUGUUUAUUCAUUAUGAAGUGAUUUGGUUUUAGGCAUUUUCUCACCCGAGUCACUUCAGUUGUUAGUAAUGAGAAUGGUCCACUAAAUGUACUGUAUAUACAUGUUUUGAAAGCUAUAUUAUCACUUUCCUGUCCCUUUGAAUCUUUCACUUUUGAUAUAGUAUUGCUGUGGUUGCCUUUCUGUUCCUGUCAGCAAUAGUGUGGCUAGUAACAAAGCAGUCCAUUGCUUUAAAUUCUCCAAAAAUGUAUUCCAAAAUUGCAGGCUGAGUGGUAUGAGCUUUUAUUUAGACUAGAGAAUAAUAAGAAAAAAAAGAGUUGACUCAUCAUUAAUAACUUCAUACUUUGUACACAUCUCUUUCAGAAAGAACUAAAACAGGAUUCAAUUUGAUAACCAUCUCUCUUGGAAACAUUUUAUGACCUCACUUUUUUUUAUUUGUCUAUCACACUUCAUAGACACUUAUAUUUUUUUAUAGCAAAAUUUACAAUCACUGAAUGCACUUAUUUCAAGGGCUAUCAUGUUUCUUUUGCUGUAUAAAGUAAUUUUUAUUGACAUUUUUUUUUACAAAAUUAAAGUUUGUUGAAUUUAUUAACCCAAUAAUCAAAUAUCCCUUUGCUGACCUGUUGACCUGUUUUUUUUCUUUUUAUUAUAUCUAAUUGUUAAUUAUACUAUAAAUAAAAACAGUGUAUUUUAAACUACAUAGUAAAGAAUUCUAUUCCUUUUUUUUCAUAGUCAGUACUAACUAUUUACAUUUCAAAAUAUCAGAAAAAUAAAAGUGUUUUUACACAUGAUAGAUAAUAUAUAUUUUAAUAAAUCAGAUGUACAUUUGCUCUCUGAGUGACCCAAUUUAUCUAGUCAUCCAAAGUACUGUCAUUGAUCAGUGAGUAUGUAUUGAGCAGAUUAAAUAUUAUUUUUUUUUAAUAUGAAACUUUAUAAAUAAAUAUUUAAAAACUAAGAUCACUAAAGAUUUGCGCAUUAAAAAAAAAUCUUAAAGAAGUUUGCUUGCAGACCUAAUCUAUGGACAUAAAAUUGCAAAUUGACAACUACAAAACAGUUUUAUGAAUGCAUCUUCUUAACUUUCUUGGAUUCUAUCAGCAUUGUCAUAGUAAUUUUUUUUAUGGUUGAUGUAUACCUAGUGUAUUUAUAUGCUGUAAUUUUUUUUAUAAAGCAUCUUUGUUUUCAUUUCUUUUGACAAAAUAGCCUACUCUUGUAUUUAUUAGUCCCCAUGCUACAUGUGAUAAUUGGAUAAUAGAUAACAGUAUGUUAGUUUAUUGAAAUUGAAAAAUACAGAUCAACACUAAAAUUUUUUUGUUCUUGUUUGAAGAAGAAUUAAAGUUUGAUCUACAUUCAGUCAUCCAUGAAUAAUAAAUGUUUGCUUGAAAUUGUUCUAUUUUGUCUGUAGCAUUUUAUAGAAGGUUUGUAGUUAAGAAUGUGUCAUAAUUAAAAUAGAGAGUGGCUGGUACACGAGUUAGUGUUUGUUUUAAAGAAACAAAACCUUCUUGAUAUUGUGUGUACAGUAGCUAAGUUAGACAUACUCGAAAUUUCUCAACACAUUUUUUUUCUCUAAUUUUUUAACUGAAUAUUAAUAUAAUGUAAUAUAUUAAAUAAUGCAUAAGUUAGACUUAUUGUUUUUAAUAUAUGAAAUGAUGCCAUUGUUAGACAUGUUUUUAUAUCAAAUGAUACCACUGUUAGAGAUUGUUAUUUUUGGAUUAGAUAAUGGCAAAGCUAAACAAAACAAGGCACUGUUUGUACAUAAAAUAAAUUUUAAAAAUGCUUUUAAUAUUUUAAAA